UAGGCGGCUUGUCUGUGAAAGUUGAAACCACUGAAUUUCGUUUCCGUGAUGUGUUGGAAUUGUCAUUCUUUUGAGUUUGAUUACUCUACAAUUCUGUGUCCACAUUAUGAUCGUUAUCAGUUUGUAUUUGCUAACUUAGCUAAUGUUUGUGGGGAUAUAAAGCUUCCCGGUUGCAGAUUAAAUAUUCAGAUAGCUUGUUUUCCUCUGGUUUAAGGCAUUUGCUGGUUAAAUUUAGCUGCUUUCUGCAAACAUAGGAGAUAUGGCAGAGUCUUUAGAAGUUCCACUUAUUCAUGAGAAGCAGAAUGGGGAUGUAGAAAUUUCAUGUAAUUUGCAGGGGGGCAAUGAGAGUGGGCCAGUUACAUGCUCAAAAGAUGUAGGAAGACGGAUUUUACAAGAAUCAAAUAAAAUGUGGGCGAUUGCAGGGCCUGCCAUUUUCAGCCGCAUAGCUAUGUAUGGAACAAAUGUUGUUACUCAGGCUUUUGCAGGACAUAUUGGAGAUUUGGAAUUGGCUGCCAUUUCUAUCGCCAGUACUGUCAUUGUGGGAUUCAACUUUGGUCUCUUUUUGGGCAUGGGUAGCGCCCUGGAGACCCUGUGCGGCCAAGCUUUUGGGGCUCGGAAAUAUCACUUGUUGGGAUUAUAUAUGCAACGAGCAUGGAUUGUCCUCUUUGGUGUUGCAAUUCUUCUUUUACCAUUGUAUAUAUUUGCAACCCCUAUCUUGAAGAUCCUUGGACAGCCAGAUGACAUUGCUGAAUUAACUGGAAAAGUUUCAAUCUGGUUCAUUCCCCAACACUUCUCAUUUGUACUCCUCUUUCCUGUUCAGAGGUUCUUGCAAUCCCAGUUGAAAAACAUGGUCAUUGCAUGGAUCUCUGCAGCCACUUUGGUACUCCACAUUUUUCUAAGCUGGCUGUUUAUUAUCAAAUUGGACAUGGGGCUAAUUGGUUCAGCAAUGACAUUGAAUUUGGCAUGGUGGUUGCCCCCAAUUGCCCAAAUCCUUUAUGCCACUUGUGGGGGUUGCCCGCUGACGUGGACAGGUUUGUCCAGAGAUGCAUUCACAGAUUUGUGGCCUUUUCUGAAGCUCUCUGCUGCAUCCGGUGUCAUGCUAUGUUUAGAGAAUUGGUAUUACAGAGUAUUGGUUCUCUUGACAGGAAAUUUGCCAGAUUCGCAAGUUGCAGUUGAUUCUCUUUCUAUCUGCAUGAGCAUCAAUGGUUGGGAGAUGAUGAUACCGCUUGGUUUUUUUGCUGCUACUGGCGUGAGGGUGGCCAAUGAGCUGGGUGCUGGAAAUGGCAAAGGAGCCAAAUUCGCAGUUAUUGUUUCUGCAGCUACUUCGACUGUGAUAGGCCUUGUUUUCUGUUUGCUCAUUAUUGUGCUUCGCCAGGAAUUUGCUCUGGCCUUUACAAGUAGUCCCACAAUUCUAAAAGCGGUCUCUAAACUGUCCAUUUUGUUGAGCUUUACUGUCCUCUUUAACAGUAUUCAGCCAGUCCUGUCAGGGGUAGCAGUAGGAUCAGGAUGGCAAUCUUAUGUUGCUUACAUCAAUAUUGGCUGUUACUAUGGCAUUGGUAUCCCUUUUGGAGUGAUGCUUGGUUGGGUGUUUAACCAGGGUGUUUUGGGGAUCUGGACAGGAAUGAUAUGUGGUACAGCAGUUCAGACCAUUGUUCUGGCAAUUAUUGUGUAUCGAUGUGACUGGGACAGAGAGGCUGCUCAAGCCAUAGAUCGAGUCAGUAGAUAAGAUAGGAUAUAUGUGUCCCAGUACCAAGGCGAUGGAUGAAUUAUCAUAAUUCAACUAAGUUGAAUCAGCAACCCAAAGCAUUUCUUUGAUAAGCUGCCAUUAUUCUACUGGUAGUCUAAAGUGACCUCUCAGGGGAAAGCAUAUUUGUGGGAGAUUUUUUUUUUUUAAAUGUACAAUUAUUUUGAGUUAAUUUAGCAUUUGUUAAUGUAAUAA